GCGAUAAGGAUGCUCUUCUCUCGCCGUCCAUUAAUAUUGAUGGGAACGAGAGUAGAACUACGAGAAAGCACUAAGAUCGUACCGAGGCCAUAGCUCUCAGGCUAGAGUCCCUUCACAAGUUAGACCUCAGGCGUACAUAUCCAAUGAUUAUGUUCGAUUUACUCACCUCCCUGCUGGAUACUGUACGCACAGCGAUGCUCAUGCAGCUGUGUCUUAGACCGGGCGUGCUCCUAAUGAUUCCUGCAACCUACCCUGGGCCCCCUCCUGCCGAAGCGUUAGCGCAGACAUUUAUCUCUGAUCAGCUCGAGAAGAUAGAAAAAUCCCCUGCUUCGACAAAAAACAGGAAUCUACUCAAGGCCGCCAUCGUAGAUGCACCAUUCCUGCUCGGCAAGCUGAAUAAUGCAUGGGCAGUAAAUGAUGCUAAACCAGAACAAUUGGAUGACCUUGCGGAGUACUACUACACCAGCAUACUUGUUCCUGUUCGGGCCGCCGGAGGGAAAACACCAGCUCCCAGAAGUCAUCCCUUUCGCAACCAAUUUGAUUUGACUGUGACGCCUGAGCUUGAGAAGCGUCUCAGUACCCUGAAGGCCAAGGCUCUGGUGCGCGAUGGGUACAAAUGCGUCGUAACCGGAAAAGUGGACCAGGACCAUGUGGAUAAAGUCACGACCUGGACGGGUUUCGACCUCGACAUAACGGAUGCAGCGCAUAUCAUGCCCUUCAGUCUGAACGAUUUUGAGGAGACGGAAGUUCCCAUGAUGGCCGACGAGACUGCAAUAUGGACAGCCUUACAAGCAUUUUCUGGUCGUUCACUGGAUGGUCUCAAGGGCGAUGGCAUCAACUCUCUGCAGAACGUGCUUACUCUUUCGGCCUCCGUGCAUCGGUUGUUUUGCCAGCUUGUACUGGCCUUCGAACCCAUGGAGGCAGAACCCAACGUUUACCGCAUUCUCACUUGGGGUAAAGCGAAGAAUCGUCGCGAUCUGUCCGAGAUCGUCACUUUAAGUGACCAUUCUAAUUCUGGGAAGGCGUUGCCCAACCCGGUCUACUUGUCACUUCAUGCUGCAUUAUGUAAGGUUCUUCACGCGUCUGGCCGCGCAGAAGAGUUGGACAGAAUUCUCGCGGAUCUGAACGAGGGUGAGACGCCUGUACUCUCGCAUGAUGGUAGCACGGCAGAUCUACUCGAGAUAGCUCUGCUGAGGGCUGUUGCAGUAGGUUGAGGUGUUGAACGCAAGUUGGUUCGUCAUGCUCUUCGAUACGUUUUGCGCAAAGUUAUGCCGCUCAUCGUGCAAAUUGCAGACCUGCAGUGCGCGUCCAUUGAUAACUACCCACCCCGCUGCUUUCCUCUUCCGAGUCUUCGCUCAGGUUCAAUCUGCAGUGUCCCACGCAUCGGACCCGUUUCC